AUGGAACGAUUGAGCCUUGCUCGUCCCUCAACACAACAUUUUCGCCAAAACACCUGCCCCCAUGGCGCAAUGGUGACUGAGAAGCGGCCUUUGCUGAAUCCUUCGCAGGGCGAGGCAGCAUCGGAGAAGCCGAAGGAUGGAGUGCAAUUGGGGAUCUACCUCUCCUGGGUGAAGACAGAGCUCGACAAUGAGAACGCCUGUUUAGAGCUGCCCUUCACCUUGCUGGUGUUGAUCUCCUUCUCGGUCUUUGCCUUGCUUCACCUGCGGCAACACGAGACCUACGUGGUAGAAGGCUUUUGGAAGCACGACAUAGAACAGAAUGCCAACUUUGCUUGGGCACAGAACUUCGGGCAUAAGUCAGUCUAUGACGUCAACUCAAUCCCGGACUUCUGGUCUUGGCUCCGUUUGGGUUUUCUGCCCCUGGCGGCGCGCCAAACCUGGCCAUUCUCGGAAGAUUGGCCUUCCAAUCUGUCGAAUGUCACGCUGCCGAGGAACUACACUCUGAACUAUGGACUCGAGUGGGAUGAGCCCUGGGGGCAGGCCAACUUGCCAGUCCGGGAUGAGGUGAAGGGCUUCAACCGGAUCGUGGCCGGCAUCAGGCUGCGGCAGGAGCGAGCGGAUGGGAGCUGGGAAAGUUGCAAGGUUCCACAGGCCGUGGCGCCUGAGAAGGUGAAAGCCUGGUUGGGGAAACCUUGCAUGCCGGCAGAUCCUUCCUACGAGCUCACACCAGAGGCAGGUCAUGCGGAGGUCUUCGGGGAACCCUCGCGGGUCGCCUGGCUUCUGACGCAACGGAAGAGCCUCGAGGAGCUACAGCUGAUGGUGCUGGAUAUGGAAGAUGGAUGUUCCGAUCCCAACUUGAAUGAGAGCGAGCCAUACGGCGCCUGCUGCCCCAGCUGCAGCGGCGGCGCCCAAACCGCGGAGGGCACCGCCCAGCGAGGCCCCUGGUUGGACGAGUACACCCAGCGUGUGGAGAUUGGUGUCGUCUCCUUCAACCAGAACUAUGGCUUAAUCUCCUUGGUCACCGUGAACUUUUUCCACAACCGCGCCGGCCUCUUUCAUAAGCUCAUCCAUGUGCAAUCUGCCUGGUCUCGUUGGCUGUUGGGCAACUUCAUCGACCAAGUGGUCAUUGUGAUGGUUGAUGUCAUUUGGGUCUCUUCCUUGCUCUUCAUGUUCAUCAGCGAGGUUCGAGAGCUGGUGGGUGUGAUCCGCUCGGCCAAGUACGGCAUCUACCAGGCGGUCUUCCAUGACUACCUCAACUUCUGGAAUGCCGUUGACUGGGUCUCCAUCAUUUGUGCCUACGCGGUGAUCGGCACCUACGUGCGUUUGAUCUCCGAGACCGGCUCCACGACCGGUACCAUGGGGCGCUACAUCCUCGAGGAUCAGAACGCUUUGACGACCUACCAGAGCGAGGUGUGGAGCGAACGGGUUUUCGCAUCAGUGCAGAGCGUGGUGCUGGCGGAAGCGGAUUUCCGCUUUACCUUGAUGUUCUACCCCAUCGUGGUGGUGGUGCGACUGUUGAAGUCCUUCGAUGCCCAGCCGCGCUUGGCGGUGGUCACCAAGACCAUCUACAACGCCUGGAAGGAUUUGCUCCACUUCUUCAUCGUCUUCUUCUGCGUCUACUUCUGCCUGGGCGUGAAUAGCGUGCUGGUCUUCGGGCAGGACAUGGAGAGCUUUGCCACCCUGGACCGUGGCCUGAUGAGCUCCUUCCGCGCGAUGUUCGGCGAUUGGGAUUGGCCUCAGAUGCAAACGAUCGGCAUUGGUCGGAUCGCGGCGGCCACUUGGAUGUGGCUCUUCCUGGUCGUGGUGGUGGUUUUGCUCCUCAACAUGAUGUUGGCCAUUCUCUUGGACUCCUACAGCGCAGUGAAGUCCCAGACCUCUUCCUUGGCCACACUGAACACUCAGAUCUCCGAGAUGCUCCGCCGUCGCCGCCAGUCGGCCAACGGCGAGCGCGUGGGGCUCGCCGAACUCUGGAAGGCAUACCUGGACAAGUUCGGGGACGAGCGACAGAUGCUGCAGAGCACUGAGAUGGUCACCGCCGAAGAGAUCAUGCAGCAGGUGGAGGGCAUCAAGGAGUCACAAGCGAAGCGAACCUUGGGCAACGCAAAGAAGAGUUGGGAGAAAAGUCAGGAGGCACCGUACACUCCGCAGAUCUACAUGGAACAGCUCAAGCUUUGCGGCGUCAGGCUCCGGCUCCUGCGAGGGAAGACCGGUGAGAUGCGAAAGGCCUUCGGAGUGGCAGAUCAUCAACACCUCGCGGAGGCCGUGGCCCAUCAGGAGACGACUAAUAUCGUCAUGCGCACUGUCCGAGAGAACGUGAAGUCCAUGAGCAAAGAGGUGGAGGAAGUCCUUCGAGAGGAGUGCAGCGCGUUUGAGGAUCGCCAAGAGGUAAUUUGUCACCAGCAGCGGGACUUCACCGAGGUGAUCCGUCAGACUAAGGAGCAGCUGACCACCUUGAAUGGAAGAAUCAAAGAGGUCACGCAGUACCUGCAGCAGAUCGCCGCCUCUCGGGAGAUCGUCCACAACGUUGAGCUGCAGACGGCCACGGUGAACCGCCUCAGGACUGGCAUGGAACUGAUUUGCUCCAAUGCCAUGAUGGCUGCGAACAAGCAAAGCCUCCAAGUGGAUCGGGUGGGCCCUGGAAAGUGCAAGAUGGGCUGCAGCCUACCGGUGGCCACAGGACCAACCUUUGUGCUUUGGGACUUGGAGUUUGGACGUGGUAUGCAGAGGAUGUGCGCGGGGCGAAGGCCUGGGAAUCGGAACUUUAAAGCUUUCCGGCUGGAAGUGAUGGAUGAGCACGGGGAGACCUUAGAGGACAUCCCAACGGCAGGCACGGAAGAUGCCACAAACUGGUGGGCCUGUGCGGAGCCGCCGCAGAGCUUAGACGACGUCCCCGAAGGCCUCCUCCAAUCUGCACCAUGGACAGAUCCUUACGGAAGGCCCUUUGUGACGGUCUGUGACCCCGAGCAUUUCUACUUCAGUGGCCUUGGUGCGGAGCGUGUCUGGGGCGCAGGAAUGGUGAUGGCCAACUACUUGAGCACUUGGGAGGCCAAUGGUCUGGAGGUCGUGGAGUUGGGUGCAGGCUGUGGAUUGCCUGGCUUGGUCCUGGCCCGCAACGGGGCCUCGGUGACCCUCACCGAUGUGCCGUGGCUGUUGCAGAUGCUCGAGUACAACGUGGCCGCGAACUUCUCUCGAAGCGAUCCGCUCCGGCCUUACGUGGCUCCUUUGCGGUGGGGCAACUCGGAAGAUGUGGCGCAGGUGCUCCAGGCCAUUGGCCGAGUACCUGAUCUCGUGAUGGGUGCGGACUUGGUGUACCGAGAGCGGGACUUCGACGCUUUGCUUGGAUGCAUCGAAAGCCUAGCGCCAAAAAGGACGCUUCUGGCGGUACAGCGCCGGGACAUUGCCUUAGAGGCCUUCAUGACACGUUUGAAGCACCGGGGAUGGUUUUUGUCCAGUCAGAACAUCGCGCCGCGAGUCUUCUUGUUGGAUGUCGCACCGACACUUGGCAGAGGCGAAGGCUUGAAAGGCGGUGAGGCGAAGAUCAAAGCGAAGCGCAAAGGGUUUUGUGUAGUCGCUAAGUGCGCUACUAGUAGCUAGAAGCUACUAGUAUGUAACAAGAGAGAGCUCUUGGAUGGAGAGGCUCGCUGGUGGCCACGUGAGCAGGUUCAAGGUAGGAAAGACUCCCGGAACCUCUCCAAACACCCAUCUUCUGCUACUCAGGCCCGAGAAGAAGUUUGGACGCAACCUUCAGGCGGAGAGCUCCGCACCGCGGAGUUAGGCAAGACUUGGCCCUUUUUCAAGUGACGCAAAGCUGUACAGGUAAAUUCACUUGCAGGUGGGCACAGCGAAUUGCGCCAGUGCUGAGAAAGAAGAACAGG